GGUCACAUUCAGUCAGUUGUACGCACGACGUCGGCACGUUCGGUCUUCUCGGGUUCUGGUCCAGGUGUCCUCACGUGGGAUAUCUCGUGUGGAGUUCUUUCAUAAAUAGUAGAUGGAGCGGGGUUCCUUUCGGAGCUGUUUGGUGUAGUGAAAAUGUAUUUCAAAUCGUGCAUUAGCAGAAAAAUAGUGAUUGGUUUUAUCUGCUUCCUGGUGCAGAUCAACCAUGGGAUAACGCAGCUGGUCAUCAAUGUACAAAAUCAGGGAGGCGAAGUGGUGCAGGAGACAAUAACGUCCAGCGUGAGCGACGAUACGUGCACGCUGGAGUUCCAGCGCAGCGACGGCACGCUGGUAACCAAGCUGAUUGACUUCCGGAGUGAAGUUCAAGUGCUGAAAGCCCUCGUCCUGGGCGAGGAAGAACGUGGCCAGAGCCAGUAUCAGGUGAUGUGCUUCGUGACUAAAUUUCAGAAGGGAGAUUUCAUCACUGCCGAUGCGAUGGCGAAAUUACGACAGAAAAAUCCCAGCACCAUCCGGUCACCGGAGGAGGACCGGGGCAAGGAGAACUACACGAUGACGGGCUGGGUGCUGCUGGACCGGGCCGGGCCCAUUUCGCGACACAUCGCCCCACUGUGUUCCGAGGCCCAGGACUCGACGUACGCGCGGGACGUCGACCUGAAGGCGUGGGCCGAACUGCCGGGUUCCUCCAUCUCGAUCCUGGAGUCGGCGGUCAAGUCGUUCCCGUCGGUCACAACCGGCAGCCCGCCGUCCCGGUGCAGCGACGUGUCCGCCAUCUGGGCCCCGUGCAUCUGCACGCUGGAAAUGUGCAUCGGCUGGUACCCGUGCGGGCUCAAGUACUGCAAGGGCAAACCGGACAGCGGCAACCCGUUGCUGAACGGCGCCAACGGGGCGGGCAGUUCCAGUUACCGCUGUGGCAUCAAAACUUGCCGCAAGUGCCAUCAGUACUCGUACUACGUACGGGAAAAGCAGCAGUGCCUGUGGGAUGAAUGACCGCUCGAGGGUCACCAUCACCACCACCCUACGGUGGACCGGACCCCGGUUCCGAUCUACAACAAUCGAACGACGACGACGACGACGCCAACAACGACGACCGCCGAUAAUAGUGUCAUUGGAGCACACAAAUCACUGGCAGCAGCAGCGACAGGGACAACUUCGACUAGGUUUAAGGGCAGUAGAGUUAGUAACAGUAGCAAGACUAGUAACAACAGUACUAGCACUAGUGAUAAGGGCCGUAUUGUAACCGACGACAACGACGCUACGAGGGGAGGCGAGAGCAGGUUGGCGGAGGGCGCAACAACCACAACCGAAACAAUCAGUGAAUUUAAUUUUUUACUCCAAGAUUAUACGCCGGAAGGGAUGAGGGUAACGAGGGCGGUAGGAUUGACCACAGCCGCAGGACCAGAACCAGAUAAACCCAGAAUAACGGUUAGCAGGAUACGAAGGGUAGCAGCAGCAGAUGUAGAGAUGUGUUUCAAGUUUAAUGAAAUUAUUUUAUAGCACAAA